ACAGGUGAUAGGUGUGAAGCAAAUAUAGAUGAAUGUAUAUCUUCUCCUUGCCUCAACAAUGGAAGUUGCAUUGAUGGUAUCAGCUCCUACAAGUGUCACUGUAAGAGAGGCUUCAUCGGAACAAACUGCGAGAUAAAUGUUAAUGAAUGCUUGUCAAAUCCUUGUCUUCAUGGAAGAUGCAUAGAUCUCAUUGAUGGGUACCAAUGCUCUUGUGAAGCAGGAUGGACCAGCUCAAGAUGUGAGAUAAAUAUUAAUGAAUGUGAAUCUGCUCCCUGCAUUAACGGCGGUUCUUGUCAAGAUGGCAUCAAUGCAUUUGUUUGUGCUUGCCUGAGUGGGUACACUGGCAGGUUUUGUGAAGUUGAUAUUGAUGUUUGCAGUGAGUCCACACUGAACUCAGUUCUGUGUUACAAUGGAGGUGUAUGUGUUGAUGGACCUGGAAGAACAUUUCACUGCAGGUGUCUUGCUGGAUUUUCUGGACAAUUUUGUGAAAUUGAAGUUAAUGAGUGUAAUUCAUCACCUUGUCUGCAUGGCUCAACUUGUGCUGAUCAUAUCAAUGGAUACACUUGUAAAUGUCAACAAGGAUGGGAAGGCCUCCAUUGUGAACUGGAUGUUGAUGAGUGCAUAUCCAACCCCUGCAUAAACGGUAUCUGUGUUCAGAAGGAGCCCAGCUUUGGUUAUUCCUGUUUUUGCAAGCCAGGAUUUGUGGGACGAAGCUGUGAGCUUAAUUACAAUGAUUGUCUUAUACACUCCUGCUCCACUGGGUUUCUUUGUGUUGAUGGAAUAAACAAUAUCACCUGUUUACCUACUACGCCCCAAAGUAAGAACAUUCUCACUGAAGUGGCUGAAGUGUUUCCUGCUGAAAUUUUAGACAAUGACCUUCCAUCAGCACUGGCUGUGUCUAUGGAACUUUGGUCUAAACAUGUUUCUCCUGAUUUUCAUAAAGGAGAGCUAUCCCAAGAUUCUAGUUAUGCUCACUACUAUGGUGAUUCUUACCUGGAAUUUCAAGGCUUACAGUUGAAUAUGCAAAAUUUCAUCCACCUGGAAUUUAAGACAUAUAAUCCUCAUGGACUUCUCCUAAAUAUUGAACAGAAGCCAGAAACAACAACACGUUUUUUAAUUCGGCUUGUCAUCAAUAAUGGUACUUUGCAGUACCAGUAUUUCUGUGAUGAAGCAGCAGAAGUCAAAAACAUCACUACCACAGCUAGGGUGGACGAUGGACACUGGUAUAGUGUGCAAAUUAGGCAAGGCAUGGUACCAUGUGAAGCAGAAAUGUCAAUCCUGAAGUUAUCUUCCAAUACAAGUAUAACUAGAAAUUUCUGGUCCAGCUCUUAUUGGCUUGAAACAGGAUCUGUAUUUGUUGGCGGUUUGCCUCAUCCUUAUGCAGCAAAACAGAUUUCCGGACCCGUCUACAACUUCACUGGCUGUAUAAAAGUCACAGAAAUCAAUAACGUCGGACCUUUCAGCUUCUCUAACGCCGUGGGAAGAAGUAAUGUUGACAAUUGCAGAAUCCCUGUACCCACACAUCUAUCAACAGCAUUCCCCGUGGUUUCUUCUGAUGUGCCUCGCUUGCCUGACCCUGGUGUGCCCUCUCAGAUUUCCCCUGCACCACCACCUGUGUGCCAGGAAGGACUGUGCCAUAAUGGAGGCACCUGUCAUCCUCUCUCUCUGCCUAGCGGGGCCACCUCGUUCCAGUGUGACUGCCCACUACACUUCACCGGUCGAUUCUGUGAAAAAGACAUAGCACUGUUUUUUCCAUCCUUCACUGGAAAUUCUUAUUUGGAGCUACCUUCUCUGACAUCUGUAUCUGAUACCAGGACUGCAUCUGGGCAGGAAACAAGCAAUCUGACGACUCUGUACUUGACAGUGAAAACAACUGCUCUAAAUGGCACAAUUCUUUACACUGGUGAAAGGAAUUUUGGAGAGCAGUUUCUUCACCUAUACCUUGUGGAAGGAAGACCAACGGUUCGAUUAGGCUGUGGAAACUCUCAGAACAUUCUGACCAUAUCCCUGAACCAAUCUGUCAGCAAGGGUGCACUUGUCCCUAUCACAAUAAGCUACAUGUUGCCUGUGGGCAGUCCUGAAGGUUACUGCAUGAUUGAAGUGGCUGCGGACAGAAACCCUCCUGUACAGCACAGGCUUUCCUUCUCGCAUCGAGUAUCUCAGGUCACCUUUGGAUCAAUUUUCCUCGGAAAGGUGCCUGCUCACGAGGAGGUUCAUCAAUGUGCUGGGCAGAUAUAUGGCUAUAAAGGAUGCAUUAGGGAUUUUCAAGUUAACCACAAAGAGUUGUUCAUCAUAGACGAGGCUCUUGAUGGAAGGAAUGUUGAGAAUUGCAAUGUUCCAAUAUGUGAUUAUCAUCCAUGUCACAAUGGUGGGACCUGCACUAGUGAUGAAGAAAAUUGGUAUUGUGAAUGCCCUAAACUCUACACUGGAAAACUCUGCCAGUUUGCAACUUGUGAUGAAAAUCCGUGUGGAAACGGUGCUACGUGUUUUCCAAAGUCCAGGCAAGAUGCUGUUUGCUUGUGUCCAUAUGGAAGGUCUGGCAUUGUCUGCAGUGAUGCUAUAAAUAUUACUCAACCAAGUUUCAGUGGCACAGAUGUCUUUGGCUAUACCUCAUUCCUAGCUUAUUCUACAAUCCCAAAUAUCACCUUCUACUAUGAAUUUCGCUUGAAAUUUCAGUUGGCAAACCACCACUCUGCUUUACAAGAUAACCUGAUUUUUUUCACUGGACAGAAGGGCCAAGGUCUGAAUGGAGAUGAUUUCUUGGAGUUAGGCCUCCGUAAUGGGAGAGUGGUAUAUAGCUACAAUCUAGGUUCUGGCACAGCAACAAUCAUUAGCAAGCCACUUGAUCUGACACUCAGUGUUCAUGUCAUCCAUCUUGGCAGAAAUCUCCAGAAAGGCUGGCUGAAGGUAGAUGAUCAGAAGAAUAAAACUGUCACUUCUCCUGGGAGACUGGUUGGACUCAAUGUCUUCAGUCAGUUUUAUUUAGGAGGCUAUCGUGAGUAUACUCCAGAACUCCUACCAAAGGGACCCAGAUUCAAGAAUGGCUUUCAAGGUUGCAUUUUUGAUGUUCAAGUUCGCACCAGCCUUAAUCAAGGGUUUAAAUCACCAGGAACUCCAGAAGGACACCCCAAUUCUGGCCGCAGUGUUGGACAAUGCAAAGAUUCCCCAUGCAGUUUAAUAAAAUGCAGAAAUGGUGGCAAGUGCAUAGAAACUGGCUCUACUGUUUACUGUGACUGCCUCACUGGAUGGAAAGGUGCAUUUUGCACAGAAACUGUGUCAGUGUGUGAACCUGAGCAUGAUCCUCCACACCUGUGUCAGCAAGGCAGUACCUGUGUGCCACUGCCUAAUGGCUACACAUGCCACUGUCCUCUUGGAACAACUGGUACCUACUGUGAACAAGAUAUUUCCAUUAGUGAUGCAUCCUUCAGAAAUAAUGAAUCAUCAUGGAUGUCAUUUGCACCCUUUUAUAUCCGGCAUAAGACCCAUAUUAAACUGCAGUUCCAGCCUCUCUCUCCAGAUGGUAUCCUGUUCUACACUGCACAGCACCUGGGCACUCAGUCAGGUGACUUUCUAUGUAUAUCAUUAGUAAAUGGAUUUACGCAGUUACGCUACAACCUUGGAGACAGAACAGUCAUCCUACAGACCCUUCAGAAGGUUCAUGCAAAUGGAAAUACAUGGCAUUUACUCAGUGCAGGAAGAGUUGGAAAUGAAGGCUACCUGGACCUGGAUGGCAUCAAUGUUACUCGAGAAGCUAGUCCUGGAAUGAAUGCACUAGACACACACACAGAUUUUUUUGUUGGAGGGGUAUCCUCCUUAAACCUUGUUAAUCCAAUGGCAAUAGAAAAUGAACCCACAGGUUUCACUGGUUGUAUUCGAGAAAUUGUUAUAAACAACAAGGAACUGAAUCUUACCGUGACUGACCCCAAAGGUGGAGCCAACAUUGGUGACUGUGAUGGAACAGAUUGUGGUUACACUGUGUGCAAAAAUAAUGGAACAUGUCAAGUUGAAAACACAGGCUUUUCUUGUUCUUGCCCACGAGAGUGGACAGGGACCAUGUGUGAACAAUCUAUUCACUGUUCACAAAACCAGUGUGGGUCUCAUGCACUCUGUAUUCCUCAACCUUCUUCAUUUUCAUAUACCUGUGCAUGUGCACUAGGCUGGACAGGUAAAUACUGCAAUAACAAAAUCAAAUUUUAUAUAGCAGAGUUUGUCGGUAACUCCUACAUUAAAUACACAGAUCCUCUGUAUGGAAAAAGAGACCUCGAGUACAGCCGCCUUUCUUUAAAUUUUACUACCAAUCAAACUGAAGGCUUAAUAGCAUGGAUGGGAAAAAGUGAAGAUGAAGAUAAUGACUUCCUUGCCAUUGGUCUUGCCAAUGGAACUUUGAAAGUUGUGAUUAAUCUUGGAGAAAGAAUCUCUGUUCCUCUAAUGCACAGCAAAUACUUCACCUGUUCUGAUGGAAGAUGGCAUUUCGUUACUGUAGUUCAAAACCAAACUUGUAUUAAGGUUUAUCUUGAUGAGGAACUAAUCCUUUUUGAAGAUAUUGACCCACAAAGGAAAUACACUGCUUUAAACUAUGGUGGCAUUUGUUACUUUGGUGGGUUUGAAAUUGGCAGGGAAGUCAAUAUAGUCACUACAGGGCUUUUUCAGAAGGAAUUCAUUGGUAAAGUUAAAGAUGUUGUGCUCUUCCAAGAUUCUAAAAAGAUUCAGCUAAUGAAAGCAGAAGGAUACAACAUUCAUGAUGGAAAUUCUGGAAAUUAAUUGAAAUCACUGUCCAAGACUCUUUUAAAAAGGAUAAAAUUCCUUUUCCUCCUGCUUAUUGUGUUAGCUGGCAGUGUAUGACUAAGCAACCAGCAUAGGAAAGUGCUUAAAAAGUAGUAAGGAACAAAUCUAUGUGAAGUACUAAUAGCAUAUACAUAUAAAAUAUGAUCAGCUGUUUUCCUCCUAGAAUUAUUUAUAUAUUCUCUUUAGAAUUUACUUUAAAAUAAUGGGAAAGUCUGCAGGGAUUUGUUUUUCUUUAUUGCGCUGGAGAUAGCUUUGUAAACAAAGAGGUAGUGAUUAACUUAUAAAGCCAACUAUCAUUCAAAUGUUUGCUGCUUUAUGAGAACAGACAACUAUUACCUGUUUGUCCAACUCUUGAAUUUUAUUAGAAUGUUUACUUAUUGAGGUCAAAUCUAAAAACUGAAAUUGGUGGGGGAAGAAAAGAUGUGCUUGAGGCAAAAAAGCACAUUUAUUGUAAUGAGAAUUUUGAAAAAUAUAACAGUUAUAAUUAUUUGUUAAGCACAAAGACUAAUUUUAAUUACUAAUUUAAUAAUUAGGUAAUGAAGUUGUUCUCUCUCCUGAGUCUGAGACUGCAUAUAUAUAUAUCUAUAUAUAUAUAGAUAUAUGUAUAAGAGGGUAGAAUUCAAGCCUCUUAAGUCUGUUAAAAUAUUACACUUAAAGAAUGAUUUUAAGAGUAAAAAAACUAUUUAGAGAGAGAAAACAGGCCUCCUGGUUUUCUCCAGCAGAGGUAUCCCCUACAUGACUCCAUGAAAACUUUUGGCUUUAAUGGUUUGUAACUGGAAUGUGGUAGUCUGCCUACAAGUAACUUUUACUCUUAAAACCUUAGAAAGUUCAAGAACUGCUCAACCUUACCUAUACCUUUCUGGUUUAUAUGUCCUUAAAUGACACUUCAAAAUUUUAUGAGAACAGAGGUAUUGGUCAUAGUAAACCAAAUUUCUGCAAAUAUAUUUUUCAUUAAUUGAUAAUCUCAAAAGUAAAUAGAGCUGUUCAUAAAUAAAUACAAAAAAAUCAAUUCCUUCUCAUGAAGCUGUGUUAUAUUCUGCUUUAGGAAGCAAUAAAAAAAAUAAUUCAAAUGCUAUUUAAUAUGCUUACACAAUGUAUGAUGGCAUCUACAUUUCUCAUUUGAUUGCUGGCUUACUAUAUAAGUAAAAUUAUUAAAUAAAAAUAAUAAUGAUUGAUUCCUAUAUUUUCCUUUUUUACUUUAAUAUUGAUCAAAAGCACGCAACAAACCAUCAUCUCCUUACAUGGAAGUUCUCUGAAUGCAAGUCUUCAGCAGGUAUCUGCCAGAAACAAGUAACUACUCUGGGGUGGAGAGGGAAGUGAGGAUGGGGCGUUUGUUAUGGAGCAAAGGCCAUAAGCACCUAAAACUAGGUAACACACAUUUGCUUUCAUAUCACCAUAUUUAGCAUGAAAGCACUGUCAAGUCAGUUACAGGUCACUUAAAGGUAACUAAAGCACAUGGGAGCUACCCCAAGAUAUUUUAUUAAGCAUCUGCAAACAUCUUUGUGAGGUUCAUUCUAUCUUCUUCAGCUGCUCUGAGCCCUCAAGUGAUCAGCCCGAUGCAACAGAGCUUCUGCAACUCUUCCCAGAAGACAGCUCAUGAAGCCCACCUGGCAUUUGAGCUGUCCCCAAAUUCUUGUCUUCCAGUUUCUCUAAGUAGGGCCUUUUAUGGCCUUCAUGAGAUGUUGGAGAAGGGAGCAUAUUUAAGGUUUAUCCUGUUCUCUCUGGGGCUUCUGGUGUACUGCCAGUUCCUCAGCAGUCCACACUGCCUUUUGUGAUCUGAGCCGUGAUUCAGUGUAAAACAAGGAACAAGUAAUCAGAGCACUUCCAGCUAACACAAAUGUUGGAAGGAGAGUGACUGAAGGCAAUGGAGAAGUAAAAUCCUUUAUUCCUGUAGUAGCAGGAUUUAUUCCCAUUACACUAACUCACAUCCUAGGAACAAAUCCUGGAGACUUUUGCUGUUUGUUAAUUUAAACACUUAACAAAACUCUCCCUCUCAAGAGCUGUUUUACUGUGGCUCUCUUCAGGUUUUACAUACACAAGGCAGGUGGCAAAGCACUCAGCAAACUUGAAAAAUGUUUACAUAUUCAUUUAAACAAAUUAUUUCUGGUAGUUCUGGCAGAAAGCAUUCCCAUCCCUUCCAUUCAGGCAGUUGCAAUUUUCACUGCUUCCAGUUUAUUUUCAAAGCAGAGAUGGAUGCACAUGUGAGAGGCAGAUCACCAGUGACCUUGGAGUAGACUGCUUUUGAAUGGAUCAAAAGAAAAUCUUCAUAUGCAGAGCUGUCAAUUUAAAACUUACUCCAAAAAUGAGAACAAUGCAUUUCUGUGCCAACAGAACUCAGUGUAAAUAUUUAAACAACAAAAUACAUGUAUAAUACUACCAGAUAUAAUAGCAACAGCAUUACUGCUAUACAAACCAUUGAACUAAUUUGGAAAAGACUAGUUUUUUUUUAAAGAUGUUUGAAUAUCGCUUUUAGUUACUGAGGAUUUUUUUUUUAAUUUGUCUUCUCAACAAUGAGCCUAAGAAACAUCACUUAAUAACUAUUCAGUGCAAGAUUUUUAAUUUUAGCCAAUUUGAUCAUGAAGCUACUUGCAAGGUAUACAAGUAAAAAUUUACCUUAAAAUGUAUUCAUAAUUAAAACUAACAAUUAGGAUGUGGUUAAAUUGAGAAGACUUUUCUGGAAAGAAGAGGCUUUUCUACAACAAAGUGCAAAAUACUCUGUCAGCAGCAUAGUAAGGUUGUGUACUCAAAGUGGAAAAACAAAACACUGAAAACCAGAACAAUAAACCUCAGUUUUUCUUUAUAUCGUGGAAUAUUUUUGUUGUUUCUGACAGACUCAACAAGAUGCCCAGUGUAUUUUAAUAAGAGUACGUGAUUUUGCUUUCACAUUUUCAUGUUGUUUGGCAUUGGUGGAUGGUAGACCACAAAAUACCAAGUUAUCAGAAGUCCCAAGGGUACAAACACUUCUGCCCUUCUCUCCCCUCGUUGUUCUCCAAAUCUCAAAACAAACCGAGCUAUGAAGUGUACAACAAAUGUGGCAUUCUGUGACUCAGCCUUCUAUAUUCAUUUAGCCUACAGUUUCACAGCUAUGAAAUCAAACACACACAGUAUGUGAGAAAGUUUUUCAUUUUAGAAUCAAAAUAUCCCUUAAAAUAUUUACAUUUUACAGUAAAAAGGAUAGCAAAACACAAAGUAAUGUACAAGCUUAGGUAUUCAAGUUUUUGAAGCAUGGAAAAUGGUGGGAGAAAUGAAUUUACUACUACAAAUCAUUUUCGACAAUUUAGGUUAGAAAUGCUUUCUUAUUAAAACAAGUGCAGUUUAAAGCAGUAACAUUCGAGCAGCUCAGCCUUCCAAUUUCUGGUCACAGACUGCUUCAGAUGCUUAGGAAAAACUUGAAAUAUAUUAUAAUGAACUAUAUUUGAGUUUUUUAUUGUACUACUGAAUAAUUUUUUUUAAAAAAAUCCAAACUCUUCACACCACCGAGCAUAUUACAUUUUGUUGUAAUAUGUGGAUUCUGAGGCUUUGCUGCAGUCUUUAAAAACAGUGCAAUUUAAAAACAAGGUUAUUGUAUGAAAACCACCUUUAAAAUUAUCAGAGCAUCUUAAAACAGAAGAGAGCACAAAUUACCAAAGGCAGCAACUAUAUUGCAGACUUAACUAAAGCCAACUUCCUCAGCUAAGAAAAUUCCUAAGCCUUUAUUGCAUUUUAAUAAAAGAAAUCUUUAAAAUUUUGAAUAUACAGCAAUGUAAAAUUUUUAAAAAUAUUAAACUCCUACUUCUAGCGAUAGUUGGUAUAAUGAAAAAAA